AGUAACUUCUGUUCAAUCCCCAAUACUCGGUUGAGAUAUCAAGAUGCUUGACAGUCUGCCAACCCACCUGCAUGACAGCAAGAAAGUCGCGCCGUCCAGCCAAUCCGCUCGCAAACCGUCAGCAACCCCGCCUCGGCGACGCUCACGGGCUGCAACAGAUACGACCAAAGCCGUACAGCUGUAUUUGGGCGACAGUAUUCCAUCCUCCCCGGAUAAUGGAGAGCAUCGCAAAUGGCGCCGCCAACAAGACGUGAAGGAGAGCCUCAUUCGCUUGACGGGAUGCACGUCGAAAUUGAAGUACAUUGGGGACGAUCAUGAGUGUUUCGAGCUCGACAGUGUUAAGAAGUUCUGUACAGAUUACGCCAUUGAUCUGGAGGGCAACCCGUGGAAGAACUUCAAGCGCCUCUUGUCCGGGUACCAGGACCUCCCCUUCAUAAUACUACAGAAUCCGACCAAUGCCCAUAUCUACGAGUACGAAGAGAUGAAGAAAUGUCCUACCUUACAAUGGAUAUCGGAAGUAUUGGCAGAAAUUGGACUGGCGCUUGAGGAUAUUGUCAUCAUAGACAUCUGCAGCCUCCUCAGCGAAGAUGAUCUGAAGCGAAUGGCAAGUCAGAGCUCCGACGGCCCGCAGCGAAAGGACGAGGCAGUCGAAAGAUCCUACGGAAUGGUCGAAGACAUCCUGAAGUUCCUCAAACCAAGCGUGGUGGUAUCGUGUCAGUGCGCCACCAUGGGCACAAGGGAAAGGCCGACUUCUGGUGGGGCAGUGGAGAGAACUUGGGAGCCUGCGAAGAAUAUGCUGGCGUCAUGUCUCUGUUCCCGCGAGUAUCAAGCAAAGCGAGGGUGGACCAAGAACAUCCGCAUUGGAACCGACUAUUCUCUGAUGGUAUAUGCGGUGCACCCCCGCCGCUUAUGUUUCGAACAGUCGAUGAUACCGGUGCUGAGAGGUAUAUUCAAGGACGUAUUUGAACCGUGCAUGGCUUGGUUCAAGAGCAAUAAAGGAAACGGCCAAGGUUUCGACGGAGGCGAAACACAACAGUCGAAGAAAGUCAGAAGCAAGCCCGUUGUUGCACUACAAGAGAAGACGGGGUUCAAGAAGUCACCCAAGAUGGUCGUAACAGAAGUAGAUGAGGACGAGACGGAGCUCGGCGAGCAGCUAUCCGCUCUAAAGCUUAAAGACGAUGAUUGAAGGGUUGCCUGGUGGAGGCAACUUAAAGCGAGAAUAAUCCUGCCCUAGAUUCGAGAAUCGAUUUCAUCCAUUUCCUUGA